UUCUGAUCGACAGCUGGUGUCGAGCGGUUGUACCUAUUGGAAGGCCUAUUGGAAGUGAAUCCUUAAAAUGUCAUCAAAAAGCAAUAUACCUAAAACCGUGAAUCCCGAUCUGCAAAAGGAACGAGACGGAGCCAGUUUCAGCAGCGAAGAAUUUGCGAUCUGGUGGGCCGGCGGGGCAGAGAAACUCAAGUUCAGUAGAAGCGUCAGAGAGUACAUGUACAAGGAUUUCGACUAUGAUGAGUACGCUCAAGUGUUUUACAUGUCGCAUGAGGAUAUUUGUGAAUUCGCCGUCAAAAGCAGCAUUAACGUGGCGAAAAAGCUGCGCCAGCUGCAGUCGGAGCGAAAUCCCGGCGGCAACGAAUAUUGGCCCACUCUCUUUGAGGAGCCGGAAAUAUGGGGCCUGCACCUGGCGGGCAAUCCUUUCCACGUGAUGUUUAUAGUCGUGCUGCGUGCCUUGAGGACUCAGUGCACACCCGAGCAGUACGAGGAGUUUGGCGCACGUGUGGAACGCUUCGAAGUGACCGCCGCCUAUGCCCAGACGGAGCUGGGCCACAGCAGCCAUUUGCGUGGCCUGGAGACACGCGCCGAUUACGAUCGUGCCACGGAUGAGUUUGUCCUGAAUACGCCGACCAUUGCAUCCUACAAGUGGUGGCCCGGCGGCUUGGGUCACUGUUCCAACUAUGCAAUGGUCAUGGCGCAGCUGUAUAUCGAUGAUCAGAUCAAGGGACUUCAUCUGUUCUACGUGCAGGUGCGUGAGGAGGACACACACGAGCCCAGGCCAGGCAUACACAUUGGCGAGCUGGGCAAGAAAAUGGGCUUCCUGGGCGUCAACAAUGGUUUCCUGGGCAUGAAGAACGUGCGCAUCCCACGCACCCGUAUGCUAAUGCGCCACGCCCAGGUGCAUCGCGAUGGCAGCUACGUAAAGAGCCCAGUGGAUUCACUCACCUACUUUGCAAUGCUGGCCACACGUUGCAUUGUGGCCCGCAACACGGCCUUGUCGCUGGCCACGGCGGCCACCAUUGCCACUCGAUUCUCGGCGGUGCGUCGACAAAGUCCCAUCGAUCCCAGAUCAGGCGAGCCGCAGAUCAUAGAUCACGUUACACAGCAGCUGAAAGUGUUCCCGGAAAUAGCCACUAGCUUGGCCCUUCGACUGGCCUACGACUACCUCUGGGAUCUGUUCAAUAUGACCUCCAGCGACAUAGACCUGGGCAAAUACGAGCGUCUGCCCGAGCUGCACGCUCUCUCGUGUGCCUUGAAGGUGAUGAGCUCCAACGACUCCGCUGCGGGCAUUGAGCGACUGCGUCUGGCCUGCGGUGGUCUUGGCUACCUUGCCUCAUCCAAUUUGGGCAACCUAUAUGCGAAUACAGUUGCCGCGUGCACCUACGAGGGCGAGAACACGGUGCUGCUGCUCCAGGUUAGUCGCUUCCUGAUAAAAUCCUGGAGAGCGGCAGAAAACGGUGCUCCUCUUGCGCCCACCGCCAGCUACUUGGCUGGCAUGCAGCAAAAUCCCGAACUCAAAGUCUGGACAGGCAGCUGGGCGAAUAUGGUGAAUGCGAUGCAGCUGGCUGCCGCCAACAAAACGUGUCUGGCCCUUAGGAGUCUAUGCAAUCGCAUGGAUAAGGGCGAAUCGGAGAAGGUAGCCGCCAGUCACACGGGCAUAGAGCUCACCCAGGCAGCUGAGUUUCAUGCUCGAGCCUUUGUAUUCCACAAUUUCCUGACCGAGGUAACUGGGCCAAAGUCCAAGACACGAACCUCCGCUCUUAACCGCGUGCUGGAGCAACUGCUGGAGCUGUACCUGGUCAAUGUUACGCUUAAACACAUGAGCGAUAUACUCAGAGUUGCCAGCUUGACGGAUGUCCAUCUGACCCAGCUGCAGGCACGGUUGGAGGCGGCGCUGACCAAGUUGCGACCCGAUGUGGUGGCCAUUGUGGAUGGAUUCGAUUUUGGCGAUGAACAAUUGAAUUCCACUUUGGGCUUCUUUGAUGGCAAUGUCCUUGAGCGGGUCUUCGAUGCGGCUUUGAAGUCGCCCAUGAACCGAAAACCGGUUCCAAAAAGCUUUCACGAGCAUUUGGGUCCAUUUAUGAAAUCAAACAUCUAAUAUUUAAAAUUAGGUAUAUAUCUUUCUUUUUAAUUUGGUUUUUAUUUAAGUUUAUUUUAUUGAUCGUGCCUAACAGUUUUUAUUUUGAAUGAAUUGUCAACAAUCACAGCUGCAUUUCAAUAACGCUAGGUGGCGGCACUGUGUAGAGCAACAGCACACGCAACCUACCCCAAAAGAGCAAGCGAUCAGAUUCAUAACAUACGCAUAACUAGCCCAACUUAGACUCUCUUAUCAGCAAGACUCUCUUAUUAUCAAGAGAGCCAGAAAGAAAGAGAGGGGGAGAUUCCAAAGUUUGGUUGAAUUUCACAUAUAAGUUCAAAUUGUUUGCCAGAUACGUCAGUUGUGAUCCGCAGCAGGUGGCGAGUGGUUGCAAAAUUUGUGAAAAGAAAAACAAAAGUUAUUUUUUAUAUCCUUGUUUAAAUAUGUCGUCAAAAAGCGUAAUUCCUAGUACAGUUAAUCCUGAUCUGCAAAAGGAACGCGAUGCGGCCAGCUUCAGCAGCGAAGAAUUUGCGGCCUGGUGGGCGGGCGGUGCAGAUAAACUAAAAUUUAAGAGAAGCGUCAGUAAGUUUAUGUGAACUAAGCCAUUCCUUACGCAAAGCUUAAUGUAAACAAAUCCAUCGUAAGCCAUACUGAAUCUUAUAUAUAACCUGCUUGUGCCCUUUGAAUC